AUGAGUUUCCAAGCAGCGCCUCUCCGGCACGCCAUCGAGAUUACCCCGGGAGGCCUUCCGAUUCUUGACUUGCUGCUGGCGAAGUGGCGGCCAGCAGUUGAUCAGCAGGCUUGGGAAGCACUCAUGGCGCUGGAUUCUGCGGCUGUGGACAUCCUGCAGGAGCUGGACUCUCAGCAGGACGACAUCCGCAACCCCUCGGCCUAUGUCCAGCGCGCCGUGAGCAACGUGAAGGCGCAGGUGGAUGCGGUCAACCAGCGUGCGCUUGCCACUUCAACGGCAAGCCAAGGUGCCUUCGCGGAUGCCACGGCGGCGGCUGCCACGGCGGCGGCCAUGCAGUUCCAGACGCUGAAUUCGCUGCUGCAGCCCGUGGUGCCUUUGGUGCAGCCCGUCCAGUACAUGGCCGCGCCAGGUGUGAUGCUGGAUGAGAAGGCGAUGCUGGCGCUUCAGACGGCGACCCCUGAGGUGGUGACCCAGGUCCUCGCAGAGCUCCAGAGCAAAGGUGCAGAGGUGCGGAACCCCUCUGCCUACGUGCAGCGCGCGCUGGCCAAUGCCAGGAACAAGGUGGGUCUCGCCGGCCAAGCCGCCGGCCAGGGUGGGGAUGUGACCACGCGCUUGGACGAGGAUGCGAAGCGAGCGCUGCAGGAGUUGAACGCCGAGGCGUCGCAACGGAUCCUGCAACAGCUGAUCGACGCUGGAGACAAGGUCAACAACCCCUCCGCUUACGUGAUGAAGGCUGUCCGGAAUGCCCAGCAGGAGGGUGGCGUGGCAGGCGAGCCGCGGCCCGCGGGCUCGUUGUCUCUGGAGCGGGUGGAGUUUCGCAGACGGGGGAAGCCCUGA